UUAAAAUUAAAUAUAAGAAGAAAAUCAUUAUCACUAAACCUAAACUGAUAAUAAUUUUAAUCAAAAUAUAUAACCAGAAGAUUAGCAUUAAAUUUAAACUCGUUUAAUUCGAUAAUAGUCACAUCUAAACAUAUAAAACAACAUAACUUAUAUGUAAUUAAUCAAAUCAAUGUAUAAAUUUGGUUUUUAAAGUGUUGGAGGCCCAAUGAUGUAAGUAAAUAAAUUAGAAAUAUUAGUAGUAAAAAAUUUAAAAUGGAUAGAUAAAGAAUUAUUUGAUGAAUUAUAUUAAAUUUCAUGUGCCAUACCAGGUUCAGUUAUUUCUUAAAUGUGUAUAACUAUAAGCCCAUUAGGAGGAUUAAUUUGUUUUUUAUUAUUUUCGUUACCAGGAAUGAUAUUUAUGUCAAUAAUGGGAUAUAUGAAUGAAUAUUAUACAUCAACAGAAAAUCAUUAAGUGCAUUGUUUUAUAUCUUUAGCUUUUUACGGUUUUUAAGCAGCAUCAGUAGCAAUUGUAGUAUAAAAUUCAUGGAAAUACUUAUAAUAAAUAGAAAAAGAUAUAAACGCAUAUAUAAUAAUGUUUAUUUCAACAAUUUUAUAUAUAAAUUAUAAUUCAACACUAUAAAUGAUUUCUUUACUUUUAACAGGCUGUUUUGUAAAUUUAAUAAUUCCAAAUUAUAAAGACAAGAUAAAAAAGCCUUGUAAAUAAUUACGAGUUUCCUAUAUAGACGAAAAAAAUGAAAAUCCAUUAGAAUUCCUAAAACAAUCUUUCCUUAAAAAAAGUUUAUAAAUUUACUUCACAAUUCUUUUCAUACUUGCUUUCCUUUUUUUCUCAACUGAAAAUAAAUUCAUUAACUUCUCCUUUACUUGCUUUUAUACAGGCUCUAUUAUUGUUGGAAGUGGCCAUUUUGCUAUACCUAUACUACUUAAAGAAUCCAUAUAAUUUAAUUUAGUUAAUGAAUCUUAGUUUUAUAAUGGAUUUUCUAUUGUUUCCGCUAUUUCAGGACCUCCCUUGAAUAUAGCUUCUUAUAUAGGAGCUAUUUCACAUGGAUUUUUUGGGGCUGUUUUUGGUUACUUGUUUAUGUUUAUGCCUUCAUAUUUUUUCAUUUAAGCUAUCCUCCCCUAUUGGGAUGAUUAUAGAAGAAGUACUAACCUUUAAAAAUUUCUUAAAGGAGGAACAUAUGUAUCUAUUGGUAUUGUAACUGCUACAGCUAUUUUAUUAUGGAUGCAUUCAGGAAAAGAAGAUAUGACUACAUCUUCUAUGUUAGUAAUUAUGGCCUUUUUAAUGCUUAAUGUUUAUGAAUUAUAAACACCUUAUACUAUAAUAAUGUGCGGAGUUCUUAUUAUUUGCAGAUUUAUGACUUUACAUAAUUAUAGAGGAAUAUAAGAUGAUUAUAGUAAUAAUUGCAAUGGUUGA